GAGUCUGGUCGGAGCAGAGCGGGGUCUCACGCCGAGCUGAGGUACUUUGGUUCAGUCUGUGGUAGAGUCGAGACACCCCAACGGGAAAAAAAAAUGUACAAGAUUUAGAGCUUUGCUAAUAAAGAUAUACUUAUGGUAGAUGGCAUUGUCGGAUAUAUCCGGAGGGGGAUUCUUCAGCCCAUUUCUCAAGCUGAAUCCAAAUGACACUUCCUCCACCCAAAAGUCCCCCGAUGACCACAGAACUCCACUUAAAUUCGGAAGAUGGUGCACAAUGUGUGACACCGUCGUCCGACUGCAAUUGAUUGGUGCAAGAAGGGUCCUUCCCUCAACCAGAGCAUGACACUCUCAGCAGUGGACAGUUGGAGAAGGACUUCGGAAAUGAACUCCUGUGGACAGCCGCAAGACUGGGUCAGUGGCAGGAGCACGACUAGGUAAAGAAGCAUAGGUCUUCGUGUGAGGAGAGAAAGCAUACAACUAAAAAAGUGGGGGCAAACGAUCGCAUCAGCAAAGACAUACAACCUCAAAUCAUGGGGAUACAGCAUCUUCUGCUUCUUUUGAUUUACUUGGACCCUCUGAAUGUAAUGUGCGCGGCUACGGCCAACAAGAAGAAAAACGCUCCAAAGCGGAAUCAGAAGAUGAAGGAGGUGAACAGCACGGAGGCGCCCACGGCGGUUCCGCGGCGAAACACCCAGGUCCAGGCACCUUCAAUCGCUACCCAUGACACGUGCCUGGGCUACUACGACGUGAGCGGAGCGUACGAUAAAGUGUUCGAGUGCAACAACACUGAGCACCGCUACUGUUGUGGAAGUUGUUUCCUGCGCUAUUGCUGUGCAGAAAAAGGGAAACGCAUAGAACAGAAAACUUGCACGAAUUAUAACACCCCAGAUUGGAUCAAAACGCAGCCUCCCUCCCCGGCACCAACAGGUGACACUUACGAUCCUACUUUGGAUCAGACUAACACAACGGUAUACAUCACCUGUGGUGUCAUAGCUUUUAUCAUCCUCCUCGGAGUUUCUGCAAAAGUUGCCUACGACAAAGCAACCAAGCCCCCUCAGGAAAUGAAUGUCCAUAGAGCCCUUGCAGACAUUUUGAGGCAACAAGGACUAAAUCAGGAGAACGAAAAUAUUGCAGCGUUGGAGGGUUCACCCAAAGACAUAGACACACCUCUCCGAACGUCCAAGAACCAUUACACCCCAGUUCACACCAUGCUAGCAAACCACGGGCACUACGGGAAAGAGAACUUCCGCCAAGGCCAACUUGAUCACAACUUCAUCUCCUCUGGAUUUGUGACACUGGGACGACCGCACCUAAAAGCGCAGCACUCUGUAGACGAUUUAGGGCAACUGUCCUGGCAGGGAGAUCUGGACGUUCCUAAUAUCUCUUACAGUAUGUAACAUAUUCUCACUAUGGAGACCCCUGCUUCCUGCCGGAGAACAGCCACACACCUGCUUUCUGCUCCCUGCCAGAUAAGACAAGUCACACACUUCACACACGUAGACCCUGGGCCCAUGGAGUGGGUUUUGCCGCUAAUCGCACCAGCUCCUCAUAAUGCAGGGCAUCAGAGCAGGCGCCCUGCCACUAUCAUCAACCAGCCCAGUACAGCUUUCAGAAUGCAUGGCUGUCUGGUGUACCUAAUGCAAAACAUUGAGAAACAAUUCCACAAGGAGGAGUGGAAAGCAGGCUUGAAUGUCUGUGCUGGUCUGUUCUCCAAGUAUGAAGCAGUCAUGGGUUCCGUAGAUGAUUAAGAUAGAUAAGGAGGGUGACA